AUGCCGGUGGAGCACGGCAAGACGUACUUGCUCCGGAUCAUUAACGCGGGGCUCACCACCGACAUGUUCUUCGCCGUCGCUGGGCACCGCCUCACGGUGGUCGGCACCGAUGGCCGCUACCUCAAGCCGUUCACCGUCGACAACAUCAUGAUCUCCUCCGGGCAGACCAUGAAUGUGUUCCUCGAGGCCAACCGCGCCACCAACGGUUCAGGCGACAACAGCCGCUACUACAUGGCUACGAGCCCGUUCUUCACCAACGCAGGACUACUCCCGUACGACGAAAAAAUCACCACGGCCAUUCUGGAGUACACGGACGCGCCACCCUACACGGGGCCACUGGACUCCCCCGACUUGCCGGGCGUCCACAAUGUCGCCGCGGCGACAGCGUACACAGCGCAGCUGCGGUCCCUGGUCACUAAGGAGCACCCGAUCGAUGUGCCAAUGGUGGUCGACGAGGACAUGCUCGUGACAAUCUCCGCCGGCACCCUGCCCUGCGAGGCCAACAAGACAUGCGGCGGCCUAUUAGGCGGCCGCAUCGCGGCAAGCCUGAACAACAUCAGCUUCGUGGCGCCGGCCGUCGACAUCCUCGACGCGUACUACGACUCCAUCAGUGGCGUGUACGAGCCGGACUUCCCCGACAGGCCGCCCUUGUUGUUCAACUUCACCGCCUCCAAAUUGCCGCAGGAGCUCCAGCUCAUGAAGCGGGGCACCAAGGUGAAGGUGUUGGAGUACGGCACCGUGGUGGAGGUGGUGUUCCAGGACGCCCUCACCGCCGAGAGCCACCCCAUGCACCUGCACGGCUUCAGCUUCUACGUGGUGGGCCGAGGGUUCGGUAAAUUCGACAAGGACAAGGACCCGGCCACAUACAACCUGGUGGAUCCGCCGUACCAGAACACCAUAUCCGUGCCCCCUGGCGGCUGGGCUGCAAUGCGCUUCCGUGCCGCAAAUCCUGGUGUGUGGUUUAUGCAUUGCCACUUCGAUCGUCACAUGGUGUGGGGGCAUGAACACUGUGUUCAUUGUGAAAAAUGGCAAAACCCCAGACUCUCAAAUGAUGGCACGUCCUCCUAA